UUAAAAAUACAAAGACUCAAAUCCGAGGGAAAACCUCCGGAUUUGCAUAUUUUACUUGGAUUUAUAAAUACUAUAUGGAUUUCUAAAUCAAUCAAAAUAUAUAAACCAAUAACACUUUUGAGGUCGUUGUUUAUCUGUUUCCUUUAUACAGAAAAGGGAAGAAAGUACAAAAAACUAAACAUCAUUAAAAAUAUCCAAAUAUAUAUUCAACAAUUUCCCUUUUUAUUGAGAUUGUGUAUAGUUGAUUAUCUUAAUUUUUCCUUAUCUUGGAAUCCUCGGUUUCUAUAUAAACACAUGUAUAGGGGAACUAGAUUUUUCACAAAACAAACUCAAUCACUUCUCCAUAAGAUAUCUACCAAACUUUUCUCUCGACUCUAAAAAUCAAGAAUCAAACAACGAUCAAUUAUGGCUUGGAUCAAUAGCAAACUUUUCUUCACUUCUCUUAUGAUUCUUGUGGCACUUAUUGGGGUUGGAGUAGGAGGAACGGUUCACAAAGUCGGCGACUCGAGCGGAUGGACCAUGAUGGGUGUGGAUUACCAAGCUUGGGCUUCUUCAAGAACUUUUCAAGUAGGAGACUCACUGGUCUUCGAAUACAACAACGAGUUCCACGACGUCACUGAAGUCACUCCCCAUGAUUUCGAGCUAUGCUACUCGUCUAAUCCGUUAGCGAGGUACCAAACUGGAUCAGACACGGUAACUCUAACCAAACCUGGAUUUCAACACUUCAUAUGUGGAGUUCCUGGUCACUGCGACAUAGGACAAAAGCUUCACAUCCUCGUCUUUCCGGCCUCGUUGGGUCCAGUGGCUGCUCCAGUUCCGGGACCAGUCAGAUCACCAAGCUCUUAUAUGUCUCCUUCACCUUCUCCCUUGGCUACUUCAACAACCAAUGCUCCACAAUAUCAGAUGGGACCAUCACCUCUUUGA